CGCAAUAUUUCACUCGCAGGUCUGCCGCUGACAGUGCUGUAGUUAGGAAGUAUGUAUUGAUUUUUAUCUCGUCUCUUUUUCGAGUUUUCCGCACGUUCGGAGUUUAAUAUUAUAAAAGUUAAUUUUUUAUCGUUUUCCUCGGUUAUUUUUUUAAUUUUCACUCUAGUGUUAUUUGUACUUGUGUCUGUGUCACCGUUUUACCAAAUGACGCGUUUAUGAGACCCAACCGUUUUCGGCUAGUCUGUGUAUCUAUUUCGCGUUUCCAUACUGUAAAUAAUGGCUAAAGACAGGCUAGCGGCUUUAAAAGCGGCUCAAAGUGACGAUGAAGAAGGAGGUGCCGAUGAUGUGGCAGUCAAUUUGGAAGGCCGGCAAGAUGGAUCAGGAGCUGGAUUUAUGGAUAAAUUUUUUGAGGAGGUGGAAGGUAUCCGAGGGAUGAUAGAUAAGAUUCAAGCAAAUGUGGAAGAAGUGAAGAAAAAACAUAGUGCAAUUUUAUCUGCUCCUCAGACUGAUGAAAAAGUGAAACAAGAACUGGAAGAUCUUAUGGUGGAUAUAAAAAAAACUGCUAAUAGAGUCCGUGCCAAACUCAAAGAAAUUGAGCAGAAUAUAGAAGCAGAAGAGCAAUCGAACAAAUCGUCUGCAGAUUUAAGAAUACGCAAAACACAACAUUCAACAUUGUCGCGUAAAUUUGUUGAAGUGAUGACGGAAUAUAACCGUACGCAGACAGAUUACAGAGAACGUUGUAAAGGGCGAAUUCAGAGGCAAUUAGAAAUAACGGGAAGAACAACUACUAAUGAUGAACUUGAAGAAAUGUUAGAACAAGGGAACCCGGCUGUGUUCACGCAAGGCAUAAUUAUGGAAACACAACAAGCCAGGCAAACAUUGGCUGAUAUUGAAGCCAGGCAUGCUGAUAUUAUAAAACUGGAAAACUCUAUCAGAGAACUUCAUGAUAUGUUCAUGGAUAUGGCAAUGUUGGUUGAAAAUCAGGGUGGACUUAUUGAUAACAUAGAAAACCAUGUAUCAUUCACUGUUGAAAAAGUUGCUGAAGGCAAAAAAGAACUGGUUGUUGCUGAAGACUAUCAUAAAGGAGCCCAAAAAGUAAAAGAAAAUCAUGAUCCUGAUAUGCUUGACAAUUCUCAUUGUUAUUCUUGGAGGAUUUGUGAUGAGUUUUCUUCCCAAGCUCCAUUAAUACAUCUUCGUGAAAAUAAGUAAGCAUAGAGCAAUUUUUCGACGGGUACAUCCGGCAGAGCAGUCACUCAAUACAUACUAGUUCUUCGGCUUGUAAAGACUGGAAUAGUGUACGAAAAACAACAUUUUAUUCGUUUAAUUUAUUUAAUUUUUAUUUCCUUUUCCUGCCUCAAAAAAAAAAAAAAAAACGAGUAAAAAAAAGUCCAUGUGAUUUAUUUAUUAACGCUGUCUGUCCUGUUUUAAAAGUAACUAUAUAAUAAUAUUUAUUGUUUUUAAAAACCUUUUUCUUAAUUAUUAUAGUUAUAUUGUUAUUGAUAAAAUUAUUAGAUUUUUAAAACCAAUUUAUAUAUCUAUAUAUAAUAAUUAUUAACUAUAUAUUAUAAUAUAGACAUUCAUGUGAUAAUUCGUUAAGAUAUUCAAAACAUUUUGGCUUCCUCGUUUUAUCAUUUUAUAAUUUCUGCAGUGCGAUGCGUAGGUGAAUUGGAAAUAAUGUCAAUUUUUAAAUAAAAAAAAAAUAGUUGUUUUGUUCUA